GCGAUUCGCCGAAGCCACAUCUAGUGCGUCAAACUCAGACUGUCUUGAAGUCUUAUUGCUUGGUUCUCAAUCGGCUGAAUCUGUUGUGAACCCACAUAUUCGGGAUCAGAGCUCAAGUGUCAUAGAGCCCCGAAAUAACUUAUUUUCUCCAACUGCAAUAUCCAUCGGCCUCGACAAAAGCCACAUCCUAAUUGUACAUAUGGCGGCCGAAGCUGGGACCAUGGCUUCUGUAUGGUCAACUACGGCAUCUGCCCCUUCACUGCCCAGUAAACCGUUGGAGUCUCGCGGUCCGAGACGGGGGAAGCCCAGCCGUGGCACACCUGGAUCGAAUCGGGGAACCCAUCGCAAGAGAGCAAAAGGAAAGGAGGAUGUACCAUCUAUUACUUCGAAUCUGGAUGACAUACCCGAAAGUUCAACUCCUUUGAACCCAACGAGAGGCCCCGGCCCACAAGAAGGGUCUGCCCCGACCAAUGGGACAUCAAAUGUUGCCACACCUAGCGAAGCCAACCCUGCAAAUCCCGUAACUUCUUCCAAUCCACGCACAUCACAACGGAAGGGGCGUAACAGAACAUUUUCUAAGAAAGUUCAACAUGCUUUGUUGUCUCCCUCGAAUGCUUUCCGUGGACCUCAGCUGGACACGAAAGUAGAAAGCGAGUCUCUGUCUUCCUCUAGCGCUUCCCUUCCUGUUACCCCUACACUGGCACCUGCCGUCCCUCACGCAAUGCCAGGUGGGGAGCCAAAAGUCACAGUGACUGAUGCAGGGGAACCAUCCCCGACCGCUAUCGUAGUAUCGCCCAAACAUGUGCCGCAAGCACUCACGGUUGCGGACGAGGGUGUUCGUCCUAACACUCCGUCGACGCAUUCUCACUUAAAUUGGGCAGAUGAUGAUGAGGAAGAACUUCCCGACCUCGAUGAGUGGAAUGUGCAGCCAGCUCGCCCAGUACCUCGACGUCGUUCGAGUGCUACAAAGUCACUGAACUCUCCUGCGCCACCGACGAAGCAAUCGCUCUCCACCGAAGCUACCGGAAGUGUACAAAUCCCCGUGCUUGAAAUUGUGACAGCUCAAGUGGACUCUUUAUCCUCGAUUCUCCCUCGACUCCAUCAGAGUCGCGUGUUCCGGUCCAGGGGAAAGGGAAAGGGUAUUCCACCCGAGAGCCCGCGAGGAAGCAGUCAAGGGACCCAAGGGCGAAAGAGAGAAGGGUUCGGGAGAGAGCUACUGCUGCUCUCAGUGCUUCAAACGAUGCUCCGGCGGCCCAAAAAGCUUUGAUGGAAUCGAGAGAUCCACCUCAAGUCAUAUCCGUUCCCCCGAAUGUGGAAAAUCCGCACGAGAACAGUAAAUCCAACCUCUCUGUGGGGACAACGGGAAACCUAAGACCCGAAGAACAACCCAUCAUGCAACCUGAAUCACCACCGGCUUCGCUUCCUCCCCGACCUUUGAGUGAGGAAGUCUCACUUCCCUCGUGGAGACGUGGCGCAGGCCUAGCCGACCGCACGAAAACUCCUUCACCUUUACGACCCCCUUCAGCAAAGGAUAAUCAUGACCUCGGUUCAACAAAUCGCCGACGAGCCGGCGGGUUCGGCGAUGCCUCACGGGCGGAGAGA